AUACAACAAAAAGAAAAGAGGAGACUCCAUUUAAAUCCAUUUAUAUGGAGUUGGUGCUAAAAAUGGCAGAACCAGAUGCUUCCGUUCAAGAAGAAAUUACGUGCAAGGAAGAACCUACCAAGGUUGGGUUUGGAAGAGAAUAUGAAGAUGGCGGUGGUCUUUGUUCGUCUUCACCAAGGACUAGAAUGGAUGACAAAAAUGGUCAGGAGGAUGAACUAGAAUCUGCAAAGGCUGAAAUGGGUGAAGUAAGAGAAGAAAAUGAGAGACUAAAACUGAUGCUGGAGAAAAUUGAGAAGGAUUACAAGUCCCUUCAACUGCGGUUUUUCUCAUUUUUGAAACAAGAAAGUUCAAGAAAAUCUGAAUCUUCAGCUCCUAAUUCUCACGAUUUUGAGGAUGAAGAACCAGAACUCGUGUCUCUUUGCCUUGGGAGAAAUCCAAAAGAGGCCAAAAAAGAAGAGAAGAUCACAGCAAGGGAUUUUAACAAAGCUAAAGAGGAUGGUGGAGAUCAUCUCAAGGCCAGCCUAACACUUGGGUUGGAUUCAAAAUCUCAAUUAUCUGGUGAAUUAAGCCCAGAAAACAGUUCAGAAGAACCAAAGGAAGAAGAAGCAGGUGAAAUAUGGCCACCGAGCAAGAUUCAGAAGACCAUGAAAAGUGGAGACGAUGAAGCUGCACAACAAAAUCACGUCAAGAGAGCUAGGGUUUGUGUUAGAGCAAGAUGCGAUGCACCAACGAUGAAUGAUGGAUGCCAGUGGAGGAAAUACGGGCAAAAAAUUGCGAAAGGGAAUCCAUGCCCACGAGCUUACUAUCGUUGCACGGUUGCUCCAGGCUGCCCAGUUAGAAAACAGGUACAAAGAUGUGCCGAGGAUAUGUCCAUCUUGAUUACCACUUAUGAAGGAACCCACAAUCACCCGCUUCCAAUUUCGGCCACGGCCAUGGCAUCCACGACUUCUGCUGCUGCUUCCGUGCUGUUAUCAGGCUCGUCCACAUUGUCAACGCAGUCGGCCAUGGUCAGCUCCUCAGUCACAGCAUAUUCCAGUACUGAUCAAUUCCAUGGAUCAAACUUCAGCCUCUAUGAUAGUUCAAGAACAAAACAAUUCUACUUACCAAACACUUCCAUGUCUUUGCUCCCAACAGUUACUCUAGACCUUACUACACCCCUAUCCUCUUCUUCAUCUACAAAUUUCAACAGGUUUUCAAACCAAAGAUUUCCCUCAACGAGUUUCAAUUUUUCUUCCUCAGAUAAAUCCACCAUUAAUCUACCAACCAUAUGGGGAAAUGGGUACCCUGCAAGUUUUGGAACACUACCCUACACUCAAACUCAAAUAGGACCUUUUUCAAAUUUUGCACAACAAUCCCACGAACAAUCUUCUUCAUCUAAUUAUAAUUUGGAAAAAAGCCAGCAAGCUGCAGCUUCUCAACAGUCUUUGACAGAAACGUUGACCAAAGCCAUAACUACAGACCCAAGCUUCCAGUCAGUAAUCGCUGCAGCUAUUUCAACAAUGGUUGCUGGCAGUGGAACAAACGCGGGUGCAGAGCAAGAAAAAAGUGGAAAGGAGAUCAAUUGUGGGCAGAAUCUGAUACAAGCCGUAGCAGUUUCCAAUAAUUCAUCGAGCCAGGAUGGAGCCAAGGGAUGUGGAUCAAGCUACUUCAAUGGAUUACUUUCCUCUUCCAAACCUAAAACAGGAGGUUUGAACCAGCCUCCAUUGCCGUUUUCCAUUUUUAAGGUUGCUACUUCCUUGCCUACUUCUGUUAACAAGGAAAAGAAGAGGUGACAUGUUGGAUAUAAUUUUUAAUUAUUUUGGGAUGUUAUUUGUUGGUCUGAAAAUAAGAAUCGACAAGUGUAUAUUUUAU